AUGGCCACCACUACCGCUAUCUCCAAGAGAAGAAAGGCCGUCGCCGACGGUGUUUUCUACGCCGAAUUGAACGAGUUCUUCACCAGAGAAUUGGCUGAGGAAGGUUACUCUGGUGUCGAAGUCAGAGUUACUCCAACUGUCACCGAUAUCAUCAUCCGUGCCACCCACACCCAGGAGGUUCUCGGAGAGCAGGGACGCAGAAUCCGCGAGCUCACUUCCUUGAUCCAGAAGCGAUUCAAGUUCCCAGAAAACUCUGUUUCCCUAUAUGCCGCCAAGGUCCAGAACAGAGGUCUCUGCGCUGUCGCUCAGUGCGAGUCCCUCCGAUACAAGCUCUUGAACGGUUUGGCCGUCCGAAGAGCUUGCUAUGGUGUUCUCAGAUUCAUCAUGGAGUCUGGCGCUAAGGGUUGCGAAGUCGUUGUCUCCGGAAAGCUGAGAGCUGCUCGUGCCAAGUCCAUGAAGUUCACUGAUGGUUUCAUGAUCCACUCCGGUCAGCCAGUCCGUGACUUCAUUGACUCCGCUACCCGUCACGUUCUCCUCCGUCAGGGUGUCCUCGGUAUCAAGGUCAAGAUCAUGCGUGGCUCUGACCCAGAUGGCAAGGCCGGCCCCAACAAGUCCCUCCCAGAUACCGUCACCAUCAUUGAACCAAAGGAAGAACAGCCAGUCCUUGCUCCUAACUCGCAAGACUACACCGCCAAGCCAGUUGCCAACAUCCCACCACCAACUGAAGAGGCCGCACCAGCACCAGAGGCCUAUGAGCAACCACCACAGCCGCCUGCAGCUGCUCCUGCACCUGUUCAGGAAGCCGGCUGGUAG